UGUUCUUGAAGCUUUAUCGCGAUAAAUUUCCAAAUCGCAAGUCCUCACACGCGCAACUCAACAUUAACCACAUAUAUUAACAAUAUGGCAACCUCAAUCGCCUCCUUACCUUCAGAGGACCAAAUAAAAUCCCUCAUAAAACAAAAUGCCAAACGAACACGAUCUCUUUUCGCAGAUACCGAAUCAAUCCCCGAUCCAAAAUCUACAGAAACCGCAGAUAAAUUAGCAUUAGUAGGAAGAGUACACGCCGAAUACGAUCAUGUCCGAGAAUUACCACCUGCAUUAGCUGCGAAACAGGCUGCUGCAGCUGGAAGUAGGAGGAAGAAGACUAAAGUACAAGCUACUGAUGGAGAAUCAGCUGCCGACUGUAAUACGAUGAAGAUGAUCGAGGGAAUUCCAUCACGGAGUGAGACUUCUGGAGCUGGAAGUAGCACUAGUCUUAUAAUUAGAGGCAAAGAUGCACCACCUAAUGCGAACGGCCCUUCAAUUUCUACAGCGCAAAAUAAUCUACCAUCUAGCAGUUUGGUGCGCAAACAAAAUUUCGUCCAGCCAAAACCUGAAUGGCACGCCCCGUGGAAACUUAUGCGCGUAAUAUCUGGACAUUUGGGAUGGGUACGCGCUCUUGCUGUUGAACCAGAGAAUCGAUGGUUUGCAUCUGGAGCUGGGGAUCGCACAAUUAAGAUAUGGGAUUUGGCGACCGGAGGAUUAAAACUUACAUUGACGGGACAUAUUUCGACGGUGAGGGGAUUAGCAGUUAGUCCGAGACAUCCAUAUUUGUUUAGUUGUGGAGAGGAUAAAAUGGUUAAGUGUUGGGAUUUGGAGACGAAUAAGGUGAUACGACAUUAUCAUGGACAUUUGAGUGGUGUUUAUACUUUGAGUUUACAUCCUACCUUGGAUGUGUUGGUUACGGGAGGUAGAGAUGGUGUUGCAAGAGUUUGGGAUAUGAGGACAAGGAGUAAUAUUCAUGUACUCUCAGGACAUAAGGGCACAGUAUCAGAUCUGAAGUGUCAAGAAGCAGAUCCACAAGUCAUCACUUCAUCUCUAGAUUCCACAGUGCGAUUAUGGGAUUUAGCAGCUGGAAAAAGCAUGGGUGUACUUACACAUCACAAGAAAGGAGUUCGAGCACUAGCCAUCCAUCCAAAAGAAUUCACAUUCGCAAGUGGAAGUGCUGGAAGCAUUAAACAAUGGAAAUGUCCCGAAGGAGCCUUUAUGCAAAAUUUCGACGGUCAAAAUGCCAUUAUCAACACACUCAGUGUAAACGAAGACAACGUAUUAUUUUCAGGAGGAGAUAACGGAUCCAUGUCUUUUUGGGAUUGGAAAACUGGUCAUAGAUAUCAAGCACUUGAUUCUAUUGCUCAACCUGGUUCGCUGGAUGCAGAAGCUGGAAUUUUCACUUCAUUGUUUGAUAAAACGGGCUUGAGAUUGAUUACUGGUGAGGCGGAUAAAACUAGUGAGUUGUUCUCUUUUCCUCUUAUUAAUUCCUUCCUUCCUCCCACUUUAUCCCACCACCUUUUCUGCAUACAUACAGCAGAUACUAACACCCCCUCUCUCCAACAGUAAAAGUAUGGAAACAAGACGAACUCGCAACACCCGAAUCACACCCCCUCGAAUGGAAACCCGAGCUCGGUAGACGAAAAUUCUAAAACGCACGUUCACCUGGUGGUUUUAAAUAUAGCAGUGACUGACACCUUGUAUGUGUAUAAUACCUACGAAAAUGUAGAAACAUGGAAAAGGUGGGAUGGGAAUUGUUCAUAUCCCGGAGGCGCACUGGCGUUGAUGAUUGAUUGCGUCGUCGCAUUGAUUGAUAUAGAUAGAUAGUGCGUAUACCAUAGCCAUGAAUACCAUUUUGUGAAUUCUACUGAGAAUACUG